AUGUUGGGACGCCUGGAAGUGGGUCUGUGUUUGACCUUCGUGAGCUGCCUGCCUGUCCUGAGCCUCACCUGUCCUGCACUGUGUAGCUGCUUCUAUCACAAACUCAGUGGCGGAUCUAAAGCUCGGAGCGUACUGUGUAACGAUCCUGAUCUCACCUCCGUCCCCACCAGUUUUCCCUUUGACACGUCCAAACUCCGAAUCGAGAAAACACCCAUCACCCAAAUCUCCAGCGAGGCCUUUACCUCCCUCAGCAGCCUGGAGUUUCUCUGGAUGUCCUUUAAUUCUCUCUCGCUCCUCCACUCGGACAGUUUCCGUGGCCUCAGCGAUCUCAUCGAGCUUCGACUGGAGGGGAACCUGAUCACCUCAUUCCCCUGGGAGAGUUUAUCAGACAUGUCCAGCCUCAGACUGCUGGAUCUACACAACAACGAGAUCUUCAGCAUCCCGGCCGAGGCCGCAACCUUCAUCCAGAACCUUUCCUACCUGGAUUUAUCCAGCAACAACCUCGCCACACUUCCUCCUGAGGUACUGACGCUGUGGUUCGCUCCCAAACCUCCAACUGUGGCGGAGAACUCCAAAAUCAUUCUGGGUCUGCAUGAAAACCCGUGGCAGUGCGACUGUCGGUUGUUUGACCUGGUACAGUUUCAGACGUCCCCGUCCUCCACAUCAGCGCUCAUCGACACCGGUCUGCGCUGUUCAGAACCCGAGAGUUUAUCCGGCGUCUUCUUCUCGGAUGUGGAGCUGCAGAGGUGCCAGGUACCGCGGGUGCACACCGCCGUGGCUAAAGUCCGCAGCUCGGUGGGCAACGACGUUCUGCUACGCUGCGGCACGGUCGGAGUGCCCACGCCUGAGCUCGCCUGGUCCCGGGCAGAUGGGAAAACAGUUAAUGGCACCGUUCUUCAGGAGGUUUCAAACGAAGGAAUCACCUGGUCCAUCCUUAGUCUGCCUAAUGUCUCCUAUCACGACUCGGGCAAAUACGUCUGCAGAGCCGCUAACUUCGUGGGCAGCACCACCGCCGUCAUCUCCCUUGUCAUCACAGACGCGUGGCAAGUCGGUGAAACGUCGGUAAAGAAAACCAGCGGCAGGAAGAACGGCGACACCGGACGGGCAGCAUAUCAGGACAAACUCGUCGCACAGAACGUCCCACCGAGCAGCUCGUCGGUGGGUGUCCCCGUCUCUGAGCUGUUAAAUGGAUCCAGCUCAACCAGGAUGAGUCCAAUCGCCUCCUCUCGGCUCGGUCCAGCGUCGAUUCGGAGGCAGUUAUCAGGACCGAGGGGCAUCCUGAUGACAUCAGCUCGUAGCCACACGGCUAUUUUUGCUACACUCGAUCUCUGA